AUGGACGGUCUAGCGAGCGCAUCACAUAAAUUCAUGGUCGCCUACAAACGGGACACACCCACUAACUUGAAGAUCGUCGACAUUUACCUCGCCUACAUCAUGCUCUCGGGCAUCUUUCAGUUCAUCUAUAUGCUUGCAGCUGGCACCUUCCCGUACAAUGCUUUCCUCUCAGGCUUCAUUAGCACCGUAGGCAGCUUUGUGCUUGCAGCCAACUUGCGUAUCCAAACCAACUCCCAAAACAAGGACAUGUUUAAGACUGUGUCACCUGAACGUGCCUUUGCCGACUUUGUUGUAUGCUCUCUCUUGCUUCAUUUCUUUUGCGUCAACUUUUUAGGAUGA